AGCAGAUCGACAAUCUGACAGACUUGGACACAAAAAUUUAUACGGACGGCAGCGGACUCGAGGGCAAGGUUGGAGCGGCGUUUUCCUUAUGGAGAAACGAGCUCGAAACUGAGUCCAAAAAGUUUAAGCUGUCGUCCCAUUGCACAGUCUUCCAAGCCGAGCUCCUGGCUCUCCGACAUGCAAUUGAGGCAGCCCGAGUAAAACCUGGAUAUUCCUUUGGAAUAUUCAGUGACUCAAGGGCUGCCCUGGACACUAUAUGUAGCAGUGAGACGAAACACCCGCUUGCAAAGCAGGCACAAGAUGACAUACGCCAAGCUAUGCACACGGGAAAAACCGUCUCGCUAUACUGGGUGAAAGCCCAUGUAGGGAUUAUAGGAAACGAACGCGCGGACGAACUGGCAAAGCAGGCUGCGCUGCAUAUUAAAACUAAACCGGCAUACGACCGAUGUCCGAUUUCAUUCAUGAAGAGGCAAAUCCGAGGAGAUACCCUUCAUGAAUGGAAUCGGAGAUACACAGAGGGAACCACGGCAUCCGGCACAAAACUGUUUCUGCCGGACAUAUACACUGCACAAAAGUUCGUGAAGGCGACAACCCCUGACAUCCUCGUCACACAGCUGCUCACGGGGCACGGCGGUUUCUCGGAGUACCUGAAUCGUUUCAAGUGCAAAGAGAAGCCGUCGUGCGUCUGUGACCCGGAUGUCCUAGAAACGGUUGUACACGUCAUAUCGGAGUGUCCGGCACACUGUAGAGACCGACGGGACGCGGAGGCGAAAAUGGGAGUCGCAAUAGACAAUAACAGCUUGGGUCAGCUCAUCCGUCAGAAAGAUACAAAGCAAGUAUUUAUCGAUUAUUGUACCAAGAUAAUAAAAAUAGUAAACAAAAGAAAUAAGUAAAUAAAUACUAUGAAAUAAAGGAAAUUUAAGAUUUAACAAUGUAUAAUAACGUAAAAGUAAGGAAAAAUUGUAUAUGAAUAACUGAAAUGGGAAACACAAAUAGAAAUGGAAACUAUAAUUGUAAUUUUAAAAAUGUAACUAAGCAAUAAGAAAAGAAAAGAAACAGA